AUGUCCUCCCAACCCCGCAGGGCCUUGAAGAACAUGGCAUCCACUGUUCCACACACCUUGGAUCCCAUCCCAGAAUCCUCAUGCACUCUCAGCUCUCAGCCUGGCCUUCCAUUCCCUUUGGACGAAAUCAAUGCCGCCCUCUCGUCCACCAUCCCCUGUCCUCCUCCUUCGAGGCCUUCAACUUCCCCGCCUACUGGUGAGCGACGUGCUUGCCAGCCUACCACUCCUGAUCCCAACCUCUCUGCCCUUCCAUCCGGCCCCUUCCCUCGCCCUCCUUUCAAGUGCAACUGCAUCGCUCCCCUGUUCGCCUCCCAUGCCACUACCGUUCUCACUUCCACCCUCAUCCGGGUCCUUCCUGCAAGAGGAAAGAAAAAAUGUCAUCGCCCCAACGACCCUCCUUGCCUCUGUCCAACUCCCCUUCCUCUCCUUCCUCCCCGCAUGUCCCCACCUCUGCUGCCCCUCAUGGUUUCUACACCAAAGACGAUUUGCUCGCUGUCGCUGCCAACACCGCUGCCACUGCCCUUUGAGCCAAACUGCCUCCUGUUACGAACUAUGUUCCCUAUGGACUCUAUUUCUUUUCAGAAACUUGCCUCCAGAUCUGUGGCCAAUGCCUCCACGCCUCCCCGGGUUCAUUUAUUGCCUGACCCCGCUUGCCUUAAACAGCUUUCCUGGUCAGACAGUGCCCACCCUGACGCGUUCAUAAAGAUCAUGCGUGCCGGGUGGACUAAGUACUUCGCUAUCCAUUUACUCACCAAUGAGCGCUCCCGUGCUGCCCUUUGUGUCAAUCCCUCUUACAGCAAGACUGUCUCCUUCACUGAUGGCCGCAUUAAGCUGAAAGAAGCUGAGCUUGAUCCCUCUGGCAAACGGAAUAUCACUUACAGUGACCUCCGUGAAGCUGCCACUUGCUUCAUCAAGCUUAUUGAUCAAUACUUGAACUCUCCACAUCGACACAAAAUUGCAAACCUGUGGUACAGUCACUAUGAAAUACUCUUCAACCGUAGUGACCUCCAGGUGCAUUUCCCUCUUUAUGUCCUAUAUGACAUCCGCAUUUGUUUGGCCUACAUCCGCUGUUUGGCUACUUUCUCGCCCGCUGCCUUCCACCAGGCUGUUUGGGAUGAGAUUCUCGAGCAGCAUCACAUUUCUCAAAUUUCGGCCAUGCAGUCCUAUGUCAAAAACUUGCAGUCAUUGUCCUUUUGGACAAGUGAAGCUUCAGGCUCCACUUCCUCUACAACCCCUGCUGCCCCUCAUUUGGCCCCGCCCAUCCAGACUUCCUCUCAUACCUCUGCUGGUUCUGUGGCUCUGACGCCCACAAACCACGUGACUGCACAGUCACUUCCACUGCUUUCCUUACAAAGGAUAACAAAGGAAAGUGGACGGGCCCUGGCAACGUCUCAAUUUGCUUUGCCUGGAACGGGGCAAGAGGCUGCAAAGCCGCCCCUUGCAAGUAUGCUCACCAGUGCACUUGCUGCGGGUCCGGCGAACACAAUGGGCAAUCCCACCCUGCGUAACUACUUUUUCCCCAUUGUCACCCCUCUGCUCUGGCAGCAGUGGGACCAUAUGUGGUGUGAUGCAGAUGCCCUUCAUUUAUUCCCCGAUGUUCCAACGGGUAUCCGAGACGGUUUUUGUCUUGGAGUUUCCUCCACUAUUGCUUCCAUGUUUUUGCCACUGAAUCAUAACUCUUCCAUCCAGAAUUCCAAUUUUGUUCAACAAAAUAUUGCAAAGGAGCUCGAAUGUGGGCAUUAUUCUCCCCCUCUCAAUAUCAAUCUUUUCUCUCGUGCCUUUGGCCAUUUUUGCUCCUCUCCUCUUGGAGUUACUUUCAACCCAAGCUGUGGUUUUUGA